AUGGAUGUUGGAGGAAGACAGGGAUCUAGACAACGUUCGAGUCAUCCAACAGUGAACAUUCCUUGUUUACCUGGCAAGGGAGAUUCACCAGGGCCAUCCCACUGUUCUGGCUGUGGGUUGGUCCUGGUAGUAAAGAGUUACUGCUGGCGGGCUCGAGCGAGCUUACCAACAGCCCGAGAGAACGGCGCGGUGCCGGCCAGAUGGCUCAACCACAACCAUGCACGAAGCUGUUCUUCGGCCAAGGAUAGCCCGUAUCCGCCCUGUAGGAAGAGGAACAAAAUACAACGGUUAGCAAGGCUGGCGCUCUAA